AUGCAAAAACAUAAAAGAAUUUACACACCUGAGCAAAAAACUGCAAGAAAUAAUGCUCGAAUAAGGAGAUUAGCUUCUAUGACACCUGAAGAACAAUUAAGUUACCAAGAUAAUGAAUCAGCAAAAAGACAAGAUCGGCGUAAACAUCAAAAUACUGUUGAAAAAGAAAAUGUAAACCCAAAUGAUGAACAAAAUCAAUCCGUUUUAUCACUACCGCUUGCCUGUCAGCUUUCAAAUGAAGAUUGUAGUCUUUUAAAGAAAUUUCAUGAAGCAGUUUCUGCGCUUAAAUUCAACUUCUGUCCUAUCUGUAAAAAGAGUUUUCCUACUAUCGUAUUAGUACAUAAGACAGGUUUAUGCAAUAGAUGCAAUAGAGAAAAAUUAAUAAGAAGGUUUUCAGCUGAGAAUGAUAUGGAUCCUGGUGCUCAAGUGGAAGAAAUGCUUAUUGCACAAAUUCUUCUGAUGUUAACUGUUUACAAGCUCCAAGGUGGACAGCUUGGAUACCGAGGUCAUGUGAUUAAUUUUGCUCAAGACAUUCAAGAGCUUAUUACGAAGUUACCUCGAAAUCCUUCCAUGAUUGAUACUUUAAUUAUUCGAAAACCUAAUCAUGAUUUUACAUCAUUUCAAGAAUUUAAGGUCAAACGGUCAAAUAUUUUAAUCUGGUUAAAUUAUCUUAAAAUCAAUAAUCCUUUUUAUUCCAAUAUUGAAAUCGAUUAUGAUAUAUUGAAUACUCAUCCAGAAGAUGGUUCUAUAUUUGACCGAUUAUGUACCGUAGAUAAUAACAAUUUAAUAACUGAAGACACAGUUUUUUCCAAUUAUAAUCAGGAUUGUAAUGUGUCUAAUAUUCGUGAAGACUAUAUUAAAUAUUCUUUUAUCCCUAAUCCUAUUUCUAAAGAAACCGAAGAGGUUGCUACAUAUACUGAAAUAAACCAGCUUGUGAACACAAAUACUGCUGUACCAAUUGAUUGGCCUACUAUUAAAGAUUGUCCUAUUAAUGAAUUUGAAGAGGUUGGUUACAUAAUUAAAGCAUUUCCUACUUUAUUUCCUAGCGGAAAAGCAGAUUUGCAUAGUACUCAAUGA